GUGAUCACAUGGCUGGCACCAGCACUACUAGCUCGCGUAAGUCGAAGGCUCAUAAGGCUCCCGACACUGUGGACGAUGAUGUUCCCGUUGGUAAAGGCGGUCGCCAGCGCAAAGUUCUGAAAGAGAGUAUCCAGGGAAUCACCAAGCCAGCCAUUCGACGUCUGGCACGCCGCGGUGGUGUGAAACGUAUCAGCGGCUUGAUCUACGAGGAGACAAGGGGUGUUCUGAAGACGUUCUUGGAGAAUGUUUUGCGUGAUUCGAUUACCUACACCGAGCACGCCCGACGCAAGACCGUCACGGCUAUGGACAUUGUCUACGCUCUCAAGCGCCAGGGACGCACCAUCUAUGGAUUCGGUUCAUAGGCAAGGAGGCGUGCAAGAAGCAGUGAGGUUGGCACCGAGUUUUUCAUGUCAUCUUUCUGUUUUCUGGAGCACUUGGCAUCUGUCC